CUCACUCGGAGGCACCACGUCCGGACGAGAUUAGCCACAUCCAGGUAGAACCAAACCUGUUGCUUAGAGAAACUUAGAAGCUGAAGCCAGAGAGCAUCUGAAAGGUUCCUGAGACAAUGGAUGGUGUCACCACAACCCUUCCGACAAUCGGAGGGAGGAUCUUGGAGUUCAGCACUCUGCAUGUGACUCCCAGCAGCCCGGACAGAAAUAAAGACCAGAUCAGCAGCAUCUUUUCUGGGUUCCUGGGACUCCUCACCAUCCUCCUGGUCGUUGCGGUUUUCUGCAUCCUGUGGAACUGGAAUAAACGGAAGAAGCGGCAAGUUCCCUACCUCCGAGUUACCGUCAUGCCCUUGCUGACUCUGCCACAAACCAGACAAAGAGCCAAAAAUAUUUAUGACAUCUUGCCUUGGGGACAAGAAGAGCUGGGGAGACAUCAGUCAAGGGGUAUCCGCAUUUUCAGUACCGAGAGCCUCCUCUCCAGAAAUUCUGAGAGCCCUGAGCAUGUGCCCUCCCAAGCAGGCAAUCCCUCCCCGGAAAAUAGAGCCCAUAUCCAUGCCAUGGAGUACGCAGUGGGUAUCUAUGACAAUGCCCUGGUGCCCCGGAUGUGUGGGAACCUCACUCCCUCAGCACACUGCGUCAAUGUCGGAGCUUCCAGAGACUGCAUAAGCAUUUCUUCAGAGGAUUCCCAUGAUUACGUCAAUGUCCCCACAGCAGAAGAGAUUGCUGAGACUCCAGCUUCUACCAAAAGCCCUUCCAGAAAUGUCUGUGCUCUUCCCAGUACCCAGAAGCUGGAGGAGUUCAGUGAGGAAAGAGAUGAGGGUUGUGGGGAUGUUGGUGACUGUACCAGGUUUCAUUGUCCGGGAACUGAGGGACAUGAUUCACUCAGCGAUGGAGAAGGUUCUUCUCAGACCUCAAAUGACUAUGUCAACAUGACAGGGUUGGAUCUCAGUGGCAUCCAGGAGAGGCAGCUCUGGGUGGCUUUUCAGUGCGGCAGAGACUAUGAAAAUGUUCCAGCAGCAGAUCCUAGUAGAAGCCAGCAGCAGGCUGAGAAAGAUGUGCCAUCCUCAAACACAUGUCAUGUCGAGGACAAGACAGAUGAUCCAGGGACUCACGUCCAAUGUGUCAAAAGGACAAUCCUUGCUUCAGGGGAUUAUGGAGCUUUUCAGCCAUUCACACAGAGUGAGGACAGUGAGAUGGAACCUAGAGAAGAAGAGACGUCAAAUGAGGACUCCAAUGACUAUGAGAAUGUGCUAACGGCCAAGUUAGAAGGCAGGGACUCUGAGCAGGGGCCUGGCUCUCAGCUCCUUCCUGAUGAAUUAAUAUGCAGGUACCCAGCCGUAAAGCCACAUGAAGUAGUCUAUCCUGUGGGAUCUUUAGCCACUGCAGAGUCCACUGCAGACCCGUGAAUCACCCUAGUGCUUCAGUGGAUUCACUUGGUGAGACUAAGAAGAGGCUGAAAUGAGCAGAAACCAAGAGGCCACACAAAAGCAGAGGUUUGGGGAUUCCAGAAGGGAAUUUUUCUCAAGUAGAGUGUGGUUCUCUUCUGUACCAACCUAAGAAUGUAUGCUGAA